AUGAUGCACCACUACAUACUUUGGUCUGUUCUGGCUGCCAGUGUAUUCUCCGAGCCAUUUCACCCCCAUUCACCUCAGGUUCCCCUCGAUGAGGACGAUUCCAGCACCACCACCCUCCCCGAAUGUGUGAAAGGGGUCAUCAGCAAUCCUCUGCAUGUUGCUAAUCGGACCUACGACUAUGUGAUUGCCGGCGGCGGUCUCACGGGUCUAACCAUUGCGGCCAAGCUUCUCGAGCAUUCGGAUAAGAUCACCGUCCUUGUGAUCGAAAGCGGGUUCUACGGAUCCGAGUACGGCCCCAUCAUCGAUGAUCUGAACACCUACGGUCAGAUCUUUGGCAGCAGUGUCGACCACGCCUACGAGACCAACCCCCAGAUCCACAAUCGCGUGGAAAUCAUCCGGUCCGGCAAUGGUCUAGGCGGGUCAACGCUGAUCAACGGCGGGACGUGGACGCGUCCUCACAAAGACCAGGUCGAUUCGUGGGAAAAGGUCUUCGGGAACGAAGGCUGGAACUGGAAUGCGUUGAAAGAGAAAAUGGAUGAGAUUGAGGAUCCUCGAGAUCCGACAGCAGCCGGUUCAGGUGUAACCCCCAAACAUCUUCACCAUUAUGACAAGAAUUGCCACAACCAGGGGGCACAUCCGGGCAAUGUCCAGGCGGGAGCGCGAGAUCGAAACAGACCCUGGUCCCCCUUGAUAGAAGCCCUGAUGACCACCGCGUAUGACCUCACGGGUGCGCCCAACAGAUCCGACCUUUGCUGCGGUGUCCCACACGGUGUUUCCAUGUUCCUCAAUACUUUGUACAAGAAUCAGACUCGAGCCGAUGGGGCGCGAGCGUGGCUGGAUCCUAUUCUCGACGACCAUGCGAAAAGGGACCGCAUCACAGUCCUGACAGGUCAGCUUGUUGGCCGAGUCAAUCUGAAUACCACCGUGCCCAGGACGGGAGAGGCUGGUAAAGCAACGUAUAGAGCAGCAGGGGUCGAGUUCGGUACCCACACUAAGCAGGGUUGGAAUUUCAAUGUAAGCGCAUCGCACGAAGUCCUCCUCGCCGCGGGCUCCACCAUCUCGCCUCUCAUCCUGCAAUAUUCCGGCAUCGGCCCGAAGAGUGUCCUCGAACAGGACCAAGUUCGAAUCCACCAAAAGGUUGACCUUCCAGUGGGCCUCAACCUGCAGGAUCAGACGACCACGUCCGUUGUCUCCACCACAACCAAAGAGGGCUAUGGACAAGGCCAAGUCGCGUAUUUCGCCACCUUCGACGAGGUCUUUGGAGAUGAUGCGGAGAUAUUCAAAAACAUACUUCGUAGCAAUAACACGUUGCGCAGCUGGGCCGUGGAAGCCGUCGCCGGGGGAGGAUUUCACGACCCGGACGCGCUUUUCCUCCAGUACGUCAACUAUCGGAAUUGGCUCCUGGGCCCGAACAACGUCUCGUAUGCGGAACUAUUUCUGGACACCGACGACCGCAUCCACUUUGACCUGUGGGAUUUGAUUCCCUUCACGCGCGGAUACGUCAAGAUCCUCGACAACGACCCCUACCUGCGAAGCUUCGAGUACAACCCUCGCUACUUCGAGAAUCCGUUGGAUCAGUAUGGCCAGGCGGCAGCCUCCAAGCUCGCACGGGAUUUGACUCGCUCCGGCACCAUGGCAAAAUACUACGACCGCGAGACAAUCCCCGGGAAGCUACUGUGCAGCGACGCGGAUCUGGAAGACUGGGUGAAAUAUGUGAAGCAGAACUUCCGGGCCAAUUAUCACGGCGUCGGAACGUGCAGCAUGAUGAAGAAAGAAUUGGGCGGCGUCGUGAACAAUGAGGCCAAGGUCUAUGGAGUUGACGGUCUGCGGGUGGUGGAUGGCUCUAUCCCCCCUACCCAGGUCUCUUCCCACGUCAUGACGGUUUUCUACGCUAUGGCCGUGAAGAUUGCGGAGAGUAUAGCAAGCGAUUAUGAUAAGUCAAAGUAA